GCCUCCUGAGCAAGCGCCGUGGGCGCAGAGCACGCCGAGAGUUGUAGUUCCGGCAUCUUGCAGAGGAACUUGCGCUGCGAUGUGGCCCCAAAUAUUGGUGGGGGGGGUCCGGGUUGCAGCAGGUCUGUGCCCCGCGCUGGGGUCUCGCCUCGCCGCCCGCUUUCACCCGCAGCGGACACCCGAGAACAGCCUGGCCCUGCAGCGGAGCCUGCACGUGACGGCGGCCCGGGCUCUCCCGCUCGUUCCCAUCGUGGUGGAGCAGACGGGUCGCGGCGAGCGCGCCUAUGACAUCUACUCUCGGCUGCUGCGGGAACGCAUCGUGUGCGUCAUGGGCCCGCCUUCACCCCUAUCUGGGGACACUCCUCCCCUCCUCUGCCUGCCCCACUUGCAGAUCGACGACAGUGUCGCCAGUCUGGUCAUCGCGCAGCUGCUGUUCCUGCAAUCGGAGAGCAACAAGAAGCCCAUCCACAUGUAUAUCAACAGCCCCGGUGGCGUGGUGACCUCGGGCCUAGCCAUCUACGACACAAUGCAGUACAUCCUGAACCCCAUCUGCACGUGGUGCGUGGGCCAGGCGGCCAGCAUGGGCUCCCUGCUUCUGGCCGCUGGCACCCCGGGCAUGCGCCACUCGCUCCCCAACUCCCGCAUCAUGAUCCAUCAGCCCUCCGGGGGCGCCCGGGGCCAAGCCACAGACAUUGCCAUCCAGGCAGAGGAAAUCAUUAAACUCAAGAAGCAGCUCUACAGCAUCUACGCCAAGCACACCAAACAGAGCCUGCAGGUGAUCGAGUCAGCCAUGGAGCGGGACCGCUACAUGAGCCCCAUGGAGGCCCAGGAGUUUGGCAUCUUGGACAAGGUUCUGGUCCACCCUCCCCAGGACGGUGAGGACGAGCCUGAGCUGGUGCAGAAGGAGCCGGUGGCGGCGGCAGCAGCAGUGGCAGAACCUGCCCCAGCGAAUGCCUGAGCGCUGCCCCCGACCCUCGCCCUCCAGAGGGAAGUGGAGGCGCCAGGCCUGCCCACCCCUCGACACUGAGCCUAGAGGGGACCCUUGAGGAACUCUGGAUUUGGGGGUGCCCCUCUGGGUGGGCAUCCCAAGUGAGACACUGUGAUUCUAAAUUAAAUCUUUGUAGACUUUG